ACUUAGCACGCUGGAACCAUUCCUGCAGGGCGUCUAGUUUGAAAGUUUGGCGACGUUUCCUUCAGGGCGCAAAAACCGCUGGGCGGCGCGGGCACGAAGCUCCUCGAUGGCUGCGUUGCGGCGAGCCUCGUAUAUAGGCUUCCCUUCCCCUCUUUUCCCCCCGUUUGCCUCUCCCCGUUUUUUGACGUCUCCCAAGUCUCGAUACUCGACUCCGUUGCCGCUGAUUUUCCCUGACCUGACGGUUGUACGGGAAUCUCUGCCGCUUGUGCAACCAACACCAACAGGACCCAGACGCAUCGGCCUCUAACCGCCAAGUCCAAGCCAAGUCAGGCCAAGCCAGAAAGAACACCACCACGACAGACCCACCACCACUUAUUCACAACUCGUCUCUCGCUCUCAGUGCCACUCUCACAGCUCACACUCACUACUCACCAUGGAGUUCCAAUACAACGCCCCGAGUGCUCAGCCAUAUCACCAAUUUAUGCCCAUUCCGUCCCUAUCGCCGUCCUACUCCGGUCCCGAUGAUUUUAGCACCUCGCCACCAGAUGCUUUUGAAACCCUGCCUCAGUACCUCAGCAGCCAUCACCCUCCGUUUGACUAUCGUCAGGGCUUUCACGCCCACCCUUCUCAGCCCGCCACGCCCCUUAGUCCUGUCCAGAACGACCUUGGCCCGACGCGAACCCACCAGCAUUACCACAUCAUGAAGACAUACGUGGGCGACAGUGGAACCAGCGAGGAGAACGACCCCCUCACCCCAGCCCAGUCCCGACGAAAGGCCCAGAACCGCGCUGCUCAACAAGCCUUUCGCAGGCGAAAGGAAAAGCACGUCAAGGAACUCGAAGCCAAGCUCGCAGAAUUAGAGGCCGCCCGACAACAAGUAUCUGUCGAGAACGAGCGCCUCAAACAAGACAUCCGGAGGGCCUCCACCGAGAACGAGAUCCUCCGCGCCACCUCCCAGGUAGGUGGCACGCACAAAAUCUCCUCAGAGCCGACCAACGACCUCCCACCCUUCAACUCUUCCAAAUUUUACUCAAAUAUUCUCCAAAACGAGACCAAUAAGACCCCCUCCCACCGCAUCAUAACCUCCCACGAUGGCGAGCGUCUCCUCGCCGCCGGCGCCACCUGGGAUCUUAUCAUUAACCACAAGCUCUUCAAGAAGGGUCUUGUUGACGUGGGCGACGUGAGCGAACGUCUCAAGCACUACGCCUACUGUGACGGCCAGGGCCCCGUCUACUCGGAGCGCUCGAUUAUCAUGGCCAUAGAGCAGAGUGUUAUUAGUAAAACCGACAAUCUCCUGUGAAGGUGAAUUGACAGGGUUGAAGAAAGUUAAGCAAGGCGCACAUGGAGCUAUGUUUCACGGUGAAGCAGGACCGGAUUGUCUAAUCGCCCUUGGGCAUGGUUGUGUUGAUACGAGU